AUGGAAGAGCAGGGAGUUGACCCAUUCAUUGGCUGCCACGACUUUUCAAAGUCUAUCCUCUUUGUUCAGGAGUACGUCUUUAACAAGAGUAGCACUAAGGACCGCGAGAGCGGCCGCAAGGUUGUCAAAGCCCUACUCACCGAGGCAGAGAAGGACGGGUUCGCGAAUUAUCGAUCACAUGUACAGCACAUGGACGCUGUCCAGAAACUAUACGGCUUCAAUGGCCACAUCUACAGAAGAUUCGUCGAGACUCUCAAGGCUGCUGUGGAUCCAAAUGGCCUCCUAUCACCUGGAAAGCAGGGCAUCUGGCCGCUGAAGAAUGUGGUUCAUCUACCUUUGCGCAGGAAUUGA